GGGUAAUUUCACGAGUACAAUCAGCGUCAUUGUUUCUUCCAUACUCUGCAGUUAAGUUGCUCCAGUGUCGAACUCGAGGCAGGCCAACCUUCAGGGAGGCCAUUAUUUAUAGCCUCGUCGAGGCAGCGCCAGCUGCAGGAUGACGGAUGCGUAUGAAGAUGUAUUAUUACCACCGAACGUAGCGAAGGGACAGGAGGGCAGGCAGGAAGAUGGCAACGUUGUAGCUGCUUCUGCGUGCGAACCAGCGAUUGAUACAGUAGGCGAGCCCAAGGCGUUGGAGACUCAGCUUAGCGCUGCCGAGCAGCGUAGGCAGGAAUUUGGCUCUUGGCUGCGCCAUCGCACGGGCGGAGGACGUAUGACAGUCCGUGACUCGCACUCCGCCAAUCCUGGCGGUGCCUCGCCGCCUAACGCCGGUGCUAGAGCUGUGGUGGUCUGCACCAGCGUUACCGAGCCAACCGCCGCAGGCGCAGACAUUCCAUCUGCAUCGACCAUUGACCAGUCCGAGGCCGCCGCAACUGAGGAUGCUGUCGCAGCAGCCUCCGCGAAGCUAGAGGGCCUGCGCCGCUCCAUCAGCAGUCGCCGCUUGCAACGCGGCUGGCGGGCAUUCGUACAAUCUAAACGUACGACAAAGGCGCUAGCGGAAGCGUUUGUCGCACAAGGUGUCACUAAUGUACGACAGGCGGCGUCACCACCUCCGUCACCUCCAUCAGCGGCGGCCGCUGGGGCUUCUAAAGGCAUUGCCGUACCGCAGCCGCGGUCGCGAUUGGGAUCCAACUGCAACGGCAACAGCGGAGGCGGAGCUGUACCGAUUUUGAUCGGCCUUGGUAGCCCUCGUAGACCGUCGUCCUUAUCGCCUGGCGGCAGAAGUGGUGGUGGUGGGCAUUGCGCUUAUGAGGAGGAGGAGGAGGCGGGUGGUGACGGCUUUGACCGCUUCGCUGCGGCUCUUCGGUCGCCUGCUACCCUGAAAGCCGCUCAGGCGCUGAUGCGACGUCUAGAGCAGCGUCUGGCUCUUCGCGAGUCCCGACCCACAUCGCAAGACCAACCUCCAUCUGGGUCAUAUGGGUCGCCUCCCUCACCGUCCCAACCGUCACCGCAGCCAACGGUCGCAACCGCCAGCGACGUGAGUCGGUUGCUGCGGCGGUUGCACCCCCGGGCUGCGAAAGACGCGCCCCUGGAGCGCUACCCGCCCCGAGUGCUGCUGUGCGCCUUCAUGAUUGUACGACACCCGGAGGUCGUGUUUUCGGGAGCAGGUGAGCGCGAGGCGGCUCUGGCGACUGCCGCCUCCGACCUGGUUGUACGACUGGAGGCCCUGCUGUACAAGAUCAUAACCACAACUGCCACGUCGACAACUGCUGCUGACACACCCUCGGAUGCCGUACAACAGCCGCAGCCACAACAGCAGCACCAGCAGCGCCAACAUGCUGCUUCUGCGGGUGCUGCUGCUACUGGUACUGGCAGCGCCUCCUCCUCCUCCGUCCUGCAGCCCCCUCCAUCGCCGCCUCCUUCGCUGCUGCUGCUAUCCUGCGGUUCGCCUGUGGCUCGGGGAAUGGAGGAACUCAUGCGCAGGCGCCGGGCGGAGGCAACGGCGGCAGCGGCUGCUUCGACGGCAGCAUCUGAAGUGGGGAUGAUGUCAGCAUUGUACGGCCCCCAUGAUGGCCCCAAUGGCAGCGGAGCACCUCCUCCAUCGCCUUCUUCGACUCAGUACAUGACCAUUGGCUCCCUGCUGGUGUCCUUCGACGCCGCCUGGUGUCGCUACCUGGACCAGUUCGUGGCGUGGAAGGGGGCGGAUGCGGCGGCGCUGGAGUCCGAGUUGGUUCGCUGCGCGGUGGCGCUGGAGAGCUCCAUGAUGCGCAAGUGCCGGGGGGAGCCGGGGUCGGAGCGGG